GCCAGCGCUAUUUGUUCUUGUGAAUCCGAGUCCCAAGAUCUCCUGAAGGCCCGGUCACGCCAGGCCUCAACUUGUGCUUAUGGCACGUCAGUCACUAUAUGCUUCUAUUGAUGGACAUGGACAUUUGGACGAGUUCGAGUCCUCGCCACCAAUCCCCCUUCUCUCCCAAAUUUUGUCCCACUCCCUCUUUCGUGGUCUCUCGUCGACUCCCUGAUGCUUCCACCUCUCCUGGAUCAAGGUCACCAGGUGGCACAUCUUUCUGGGCCGCCGGCUGGGUUCCUCAGAUCCCAUCGCCUCUCUCUUUUGCAGCAAGCCGCUCUGCAGUUCUCGAGGCCUCACCUCUACUCACCUUUUUUCUUAUGACACUUGCAGUGCACAAGUUCCUUCUGGUCUGCAACUCUGUCUUGGCGGUGCAUAGCCUACCUCGCAUCUCACACCAUUGUUUCUGCAUUGGCGGGACAACUACACUUCUUCUCCGCAAUAUGUCUCCGCACGUUGUCAAAGCCAUAGGCCGCUGGUCCUCAGAUUCCUUCGCGUUUAUUGGAACACAUUGCACCUCUCCAUGCAGAGCUCCUUGGACCCAAUUUCUUACUUGCUCUUCAUGCAGCAACAUUCAGGAUUUAUAGUUCUCUGUCUUUUCAGUCUCGUCCAUCAUCCUCUUCGUUUUGGUUGUGUCCGUCGCCCUCUUCCCGUUCUGAUGCCUGUUUCAUUGGCUCUCGACGUGUCCUGUGGCCUCCUCACGGUCCACCCCCCUCAGACCUUUGGUUUUUAGACUGAUAUGCUUAUUUUCCUCAUAGCACACGCUGCAUUUACUCUAGUCCUGUAGUCUGUCCGCACCCAAAACACGCAGGCGCGACUUGCGCAUUUUCUCUCGUA